AUGGUAGAUCAUCAUCUAGCGGGGAUACCAUCGCAGACAGCAUCAUCUCCAUGCCAGACUGCUGCUCAUCCAUAUCGAAGGCCGUUGGAGUCUCCAGUGUGGUCGGCGUCUGCAAUACAAUCGAAUGAAUGGCGUAUGACGUGUUUCGAUUGCGAUGGAGGCCGAAAAACGAAAAACCGAAAAACGACGAAGGUCGUUGAAUGA